AUAACGAGUGGCGUCAUAGCUAGUAGCGUCUGUCGACGCUCUCUGGGGUCUACCGACAGUUACAGAGAAGCGAGCAGCCAGAGAAAAGAAAAGAAUACCGUGGGCUGUGUCUCGCGAGAGAGAGCGACAGUGAAAUCGGAGGCCUUCGAAACCCUAGUUUCUCUCGAUUGCUAUCCUCGCAGUACCUAUCAUUCAAUCGUAUUUGAGAAUUAGGGUUUCAAGUAGCUCAAAAUGAACAAAUUAGGUAGAGGGCACCGGGACAAAGUCCAGCAGUUCAUGACCAUAACUGGGGCAAGUGAAAAAGUUGCCCUUCAGGCUUUGAAGGCUAGCGAUUGGCAUCUUGAAGGAGCAUUUGAUAUGUUCUACAGCCAGCCACAUGUUAAAUCAUUUACUGAUUCAAGGCACUUGGAGGAGCUUUACCGUAGAUAUAAAGAUCCAUACGCUGAUAUGAUUUUGGUUGAUGGUAUUACUCUCCUCUGCAAUGACCUUCAGGUGGAGCCUCAAGAUAUUGUCAUGUUGGUUGUUUCAUGGCAUAUGAAGGCUGCUACCAUGUGUGAAUUUUCCAAGCAGGAGUUCAUUGGUGGAUUACAAGCUCUUGGGAUAGAUUCACUUGAGAAGUUCCGGGAACGAAUACCAUUUAUGCGUUCUGAGCUGAAAGAAGAACAAAAGUUCCGUGAGAUCUAUAACUUCGCUUUUGGCUGGGCAAAAGAAAAGGGUCAAAAGUCUCUGGCUCUGGAUACAGCAAUUGGGAUGUGGCAGUUGCUAUUUGCUGAAAGGCCAUGGCAAUUGGUUGAUCAUUGGUGCCAGUUCUUGCAGGCACGGCACAAUAAAGCAAUUUCUCGGGACACCUGGUCUCAGCUCCUGGAGUUUGCAAGGACUGUGGAUCCUGCACUAUCAAACUACGAUGCUGAAGGUGCUUGGCCGUAUCUUAUUGAUGAAUUUGUUGAAUACUUAACUGAGAAUGGCAUAGUUCAAAAGGGACAGUUGAAUGAUUGGAGCCAGAGACGUUGAAGGGUGUUGGUGAUGUAUGCUAUGGACUGAUUCUUCUACUUGCUAUUGUUCCCCACCAGGUUUGAACUCAGUUGGAGCACCCCCGUCCCUUUGCCUUUUCUCCUUUUUUCCCUGGCUCAGCCAAUCCCCAAAAAAAAAUGAAAAAUUGGGAAAAAAAUCAUGUAUAAAUUAUCAAAAGGAAACGAUUGCUGGAGAUCAAAAAUCGACUUCCUCUUUAUUGACAAUUGUUGCGCUACAUUUCAGUGUGAUGGGGUGUUUUGUAUGAAUUUGUACGAAAUAAUUUAUUACACCUUAUGUGCUUACAACGCUUUUGAGACUUCUUCUUGUUGUUGGGUGGGAUUCCUAGCUAGAUGUGUAUAUUAUAGAGGACUAGAGGAAUAAGGGAUGAGACAAUUGCAGCGUGCGUGCUUCAAUGCAUCAGCAGUGUGUUUGGUAUCUUCCAAGCUUUGUUAUAAAACCACCGCUGUUCAAAAUACUUUUGGCUGGAGGGCUGAUCCAUAACCUCAAUGUUGUCACCCACACAAACUAUGAGAGUCCGUUGCUUAUCUUUGUAGUGAAGUAUCCAAGUCUGGAUAGUACAAGGAUCAAUGCUAUAUGAGAAUUUAAUCAAAGACUUAAUUUAAUGUAAUCAUUGUAAUGUUAGAAGGAGUUUGUUUUCAAUUUAAUGGUUAUAUUGAAUUAGAC